AUGGUUUCCCUGUUUGGGUCGAGCAACAAGCACGACAAUGAGAAUGAGCCGAAUGGCGAAUCGGCAUCCGCAACAGAGCCUCGCCGCUCAGCCGAGGACCUGCGGCCCGCGCCCAACGAACACACGCGACUGCUGCCAAACCGACUUGACAGCGACCGGCCUUUCUUGACGGCCGAUGACCCUGCCGUGAGUCCUUACAACUUGUGGGCCGUGCGGGCGACGCGCUACGCGACAGUGCUGUUCGCCAUCAUCUCGUUCAUCUGGUGGGCUCUGCUGCUCGUUGCCACCUUUGUGACGCCGCCGGGAAUGCACACCAGAGGCUCUGGCUUUUACUCGUUUAGCUAUGCAAGCCUGUCGCUCUUUACGAUUCUUUUUGUCUUGGUCUUCUUCGGCGCGCCCUCGAGAGCUGUGAGAAUGCUCAGCGUGUUCAUGGCCUUCAUGCUGUUUGUCGACAUGAUUAUUACGCUGGCAGUGCAACGGAAUCGGCAUGAAGAGGGCUGGGUUGGUAUUACGAGUGUCAUCUGGGCUCUAUUCGUAAGCCUAUGGGCUCUGAUUGCGGACCGAACUGUUAAAUGGGGCAAAGCUGAGGAGGAGGAACGUUUGACCGGUCGCAUUGAGACAAGGCGGUCAGUCCUCGAAUGGACCGCCGUACUCUUCUCGACUAUUGCCUACGUUAUCCUGUCGAUCGUCGUCGUUCUUCUCACCUUGACACUCAUCGUCCGAUCACUCGAUGCGGGCGUGGCGCCUCCAGGCAAGCGAUACUGGGUCGACGGUGACAAAUACCAGAUCCAUGUCCACUGCGAAGGUUACCACACGAACACUAUGGGCAAGAAGCUACCAACGGUUUUGUUCGAAGGCGGCGAGGUGCCCGUGGAGAAUGGCCUCUGGCAAUUCGCCGACAACGCCGUCAAGAACGGCUCGAUCACGCGCUACUGCUUUGCCGAUCGCCCUGGCUUCGCCUGGAGCGACACGGCUCCUUCGCCGCUGUCUGCUGGAAUGGCCACUGACGCUCUGAGCGAAGCUCUGGCCCGGGCUGGCGAGACCGGCCCCUGGGUGGUUGCCGGCGCUGGAGUUGGCUCGAUGUACACUCGUGUCUUCUCCUCUCGCCACGGAAAAGAGGUUCGCGGCAUCAUGCUCAUCGACCCUAUCCAUGAGGAUCUGCUGGGCCGCUUCGCGACACCUGGGCGAGGUUUCCUGCUUUGGCUGCGCGGCGUUAUCUCGCCGCUCGGUCUUGACAGGCUUCCGGGCGCGCUCUUCAAGGGCCGCAAUGGAAAUGAUCGGAUCUGGGGCUGUGCGGCUCUUCAGAGCGGCAAGACCAUAUUCGCCAAGUUGCAAGAAAGCCUGGUCGCGGACACUCUGUCGAAGCGCGACGUGACCUCGGCGCGUGCAAUUCAGUACCCUGCCACGCCGCUGGUCCUCAUCAGCUCAGGGGUUGAGAUGCGCAGGGACAGCCAGUGGGAGGACAAGCAGAGGGACCUGAGCCAACUGACGAGGAAGCUGCAAUACUGGGACAUUGUCGAGAAGGCACCGCAUCAGGUGUGGUCGACAUUUGAGGGUCGAGAAAGGAUUGAGAAGCGACUGAAGGAGAUGGUCCAUGAGCUGUAA